GGGGGGCGCUGCGGGUGGAGGUCCGGGCGCCGAGGGGGCGACAUCGCAUGUGGCGGCGACCGGUGGAUGUGCGGGGAUUGAACGGAAAAGCAGGAUGACUUCUUUAGCCUAUCAGCUGAAGCGUUUGGCGCUCCCCCAAACUGAUUCAAGUCUUUUCACUCGCAAAGAAGUAGCAUCAUUGUUGUUUGACUGCAAGGAAGCUGCUACUAUCGACAGGGAAACUUUCUUUGCCAUAGGAUGCACUGGUCUAGAGGAACUUGUAGGAAUUGAUCCAUCUUUUGAAGAGUUCCAGUCCACACUCUUCAGCCAAGCUGCCAAAGGUCUUGAACGUAGUGUCCAGACUAAAGAAGUGAAUGCCCGGCUCGAUGAGAAUAUAACUAGUUUUCUAAUACAUUUAUCUCCAUUCUUCAUGCUCAAGCCUGCCCAGAAAUGUCUUGAAUGGCUUAUUCACAGGUUUCAUAUCCAUCUGUAUAACCAGGACAGUUUGAUUGGCUGCAUUCUUCCCUUUCAUGAGACCAAAGUGUUUGUGAGGACCAUUCAACUUCUUAAACUCAACGACCCAACUCAUCGAUGGAACUGGCUACGUUGCAUACAGAAACCUGGUGUCCCAUUGGCAAGAAGCACUUUAAUCACGCAUUGUUACAAAGAUCUGGACUUUAUGGAUUUUAUCUGUAAUCUGGUAACCAAGACAGUCAAGGCACACGCUGAUUAUCCCAACAGUGUAGCGCAGUUGAGAGUUCUGUUUUCUUUUUAUGCAUCCACCAUUGUUGCAGCAUUGAGUGCAGUGGAUAAAGUAACUGACCCCAUUGUCGCCAAGUUGCUGCCAUAUAUCCAGAAGGGACUGAAAUCCUCAUUGGCGGAUUAUCGAGCUGCUACAUACAUGAUAAUCUCUCAACUUGCUGUGAAAGUUAUCUUAGAGUCUUCUCUGGUAAACACUUUGGCUCAGCAACUCAGCAGAGCGCUUGUGAAGAUCCCAAUUCUGAUACGAGAGGGCUUAAGUUGCCUGAUUAUUUUACUGCAGCAUCAAAAGACUGAACAUAUUAGUCAGAAGACCUUUAAUAACCUCUGUAACGUCCCUGGCCUUAUCGCAAAUCUUCAAGAGAUUGAUGCUCGGUAUAAAGUUUGUCCUCUGCUCCAUCAUCUUCUCCCUAAUUUGAUCCGUUCCAUUAGCAUAGCCGAAAGGGAGGAGGACCAAGGUCCUGGUUCCCAAACACAUCUCCAACUGUUGGAAGCGAUACUUCAGAAUAUUACCCUGGAGAACAACUUGGAUCAAACUGUAGCCAACCUGCUUCUUGAGGAGUAUAUUUCUCAUUCGACGCAGGAUAUUGAUCCUGACAGUCUUUCUGCAUUAAAUCAGAAAACUAUGCCCUUGGUCAGACUUCUGGAAACAAGGUACCCCAAGGCUUACGAAUUUUCAUUGGGAAGACAACUGAAUAGACUUACAAGCCAGAGAGAGCAAGAUGUUUUCAACCGGUUUAUUGCUCUGUCUUUGAGCAGUGCUAAGCAUCAGUUAUUAACAGAUUCUGACACAUCGCUAUUGCUGAGCCUCAAUCACCCACAGCCUAACGUUCGAAGAUUUGCCAUGGAGCACUUAAAGGAGAUCAUUAAAACCUCUCAGGAGGGAUAUGAUAAUACUUUUCUGAAGGAAAGUAUUUUGGAAAGGAUAAAAGAUGACAGUCCAGAAGUAGUUCUUGCUGCUCUACAAGCCCUGAAGGCUUUCUCGAGCCAGCUUGGUCAAGAAGAGACAGUUUCAUCUCUUCUGUCACUGCUUCAACGUGCCGACCUUUCUGAGAAUGAAUACUGGUAUGUUAUUCUUGAAGAGGCAGUAAAUUUUCUAUGCGUGGUAGAUCUGCUUCAAGGGAAUGAAAAGCUGACACAGCUGGUAUGGAUGGAACUGUUGCCUUACACGCUGCUGACCAACCCAGCAAAACAAUCAGUUGAGCUGAAAAUAACAAAGUUUAUUGUUAAUUCGGAGCUCUGCUCCAUGAAUCCACUGCUUCGCAACUGGCCUGCAGUACUUGAAGAAUUAUUGGAGAGCUGUGACACGAGGGAAAUUGUUGGCGAAGCAAACCAGAAAAUGAUUCAGCUCCUGGUGAAUAACUUGUGCUCGAUGGAGCCUUCUGUGCGGACUCAAAUGAUAAGGAACAUUCUGCAAAUCAUCGAAAGGGAACCCCAGAACCUGAAGCAGAAGCUGACCUCUGUUGUACUGAGUUUUGCUUUGGUCCAGACCUUGGAGAUGCAGACAAGUCCAGAAAAUUUGCAACAUGCUUUACAAAUGUACGCUGUUCUGGAGAUAAGACUGAAGAAACUAGUUGCAAAAAGCAAAGACAGGAACCCUUUGCAAAAGUGGCAUCUUCAUUCUAUUGAAGGGAACCUGGUACCGAUAGAUCUGGUGACUGAGUAUGUGGAGAAUAUGAAGACUGACGAUGGUGGGAGGAUGGAAGCUGGAUUUCUACUCAUUUUGUUGCUGAGAAACUUAAUCAUGGCUUUCAAACCACCUGAAUCGCUAAAAGAAGAGUCCUGGUGGAACCCUGAAAGUUUGGAUGAACAAAGCUGCAAUUAUCUUCAUCUUCUCAUUGAUAUGUUUGAUCUUCUUGCAAGUGGUACAAGUGAAGGAAGCCUCGUCAUAAGCUUCAGGAUUCUCUUGCAGUUUCUGGUUCAGAUUCAUCUGCGAGAACCUAAUCAUCUCUUCAAGUUCUUGUCACUUCUGUGGACCUAUAAUUAUAACCUUGGUGACCAGUUGAACAGACCAGUUGGUGUGAUACUACAGACCAGAGCUCUUUAUGUGGGCUGCGCGCUACUUGAUUCUGCAGGGAAUGAAUUUCUGUCAUCGCAAGUGGUGGUCUCCUUAGUCAUUACUCUGGGCAGCCCUGUGAGGGAGGUGCGUCGGGCAGCAAUUGCUUGUCUGCAGAGAUUUGCAAAAGUACCGGGGUCCGCAUUUCAUGUGGUUGUUAACAGUCUUGUUAAUAUGGCAGAAGAAAUCAUUGCGGAUCCCACACAUUUAAGUCAGGCUCUUGGCACAUUAUUUGAGGAAGUUUUAACAGCCAGUGGACCAGCAAGGUCACAGCGCACAAAGCUCAAGCAAGAUCUUGAGAAUUUUCUGCAAUAUUUUGGAGAUCGUGGACAACCAUCAUAUAUCACACGUAACUUGCUGAAAGCAUUUGAACAAGUGAAUGGAGAGAUGGUUCUCUCCAGCUUGUUACCCUUAAUGGAGAGACUGCUCGGAACAGAACCUGACGUUCUCCUCAAAGAUGAAGCCCUUCUGCUGCACAUGGCUCUCGCAAAGUACAACGAACAAUCUGCGACUUUACUGGCAAAAAAUCCCCAAAGUCUGGAUCUGUUCAUCAGUGUAUUCCAUAAUUCCAAGGAAGUGUACAAAGGCUUACCAGCACUGCAGAUCACUGCAUUCGGACAGAUCACAAAACGGUUCUUUGCAGCACUGCUUGAUGUGAACAUACAGCAGAGAUUACUGGGAGUGCUAUUUGACCUGCUUGUGCAAACUAAAAACCCAGUCUGUGCACAAGCAAUAAGCAGUAUUUUCAAGGCGAUUGUGAUUGAUGCAGAGCAAGUUGCCAGGGAGCUCGUACCUUUGGAAAAAUCUCAAAAUCGUGCGACCAUUCAACAGACCAGAAGGCAGAAAAUGCUGCAGCAAAGGAAAGCGCAAGACACGCCAAAUUUGGAACCUAUUUCUUUAACGGGUAACAUUAACUGGCAGAGAGUCACCCUCAUCCUGGAGUUGUUGCAGCACAAGAAGAAACUCAAAAAACCCCAGGUUCUCGUUCCUAGCCUUUUCAGCCUUCUGUCCAGGUGCCUGGAUCCUGCAUUGUCUGAGCAGAGCAGUCUGGAGUACACGAAGCAGCUGAUCCUCAAUUGUUUACUGAACCUCUGCCAGAAGCUGUCACCCGAUGGUUCCAAGAUAAGCAAUGAUGUUCUCGAUGAAGAGAAGUUUAAUGUGGAGCUGAUUGUUCAAUGUGUCAGGGGGUCAAAUAUGCCUCAGACCCAUCAUCAUGCAUUGCUACUCCUGGGUGCAGCUGCCGGAAUGUUCCCUGACAAGGUUCUCCACAAUAUCAUGCCCAUAUUCACCUUCAUGGGUGCCAAUGUGAUGCGACUGGAUGACAGCUACAGUUUCCAGGUCAUAAACAAGACAGUUCAGACUGUCAUCCCCGCACUUAUUCGGGCUGACAAUGAAGGCCCUGCAGAAAUCAAGCAGAAUAUGGGAAAUGUGGUAACAAAAAUCAUCCGGGUGUUUGUGGAUGCUAUGCCACAUGUCCCUGAACACCGGCGAGUGCCCGUCCUUUCUACGCUCAUUGAUACAGUGAGUGCGGAGCGCUUUCUCUGGGCCCUCCUGAUGCUGCUGUUUGAACAACACGUAACCAAGAAUGCUUCUUCAGCAACCAAUGGUGAAAAGGUAAAGGAAGCUGUUUUGGAAAGGGAUGUUGAAUUCUGGAUCACUGUUGGCUGCGAGUUUACUGUUCGGGAACAGCUCCAGAGCUUCAUCAACAUUUUGCGUUACUUAGCCAAGCUCCCUGAAGACAAAGAAGAAAAAACAACUAAAGAACAGAGAAAAACAAACAUAACAAAGAACAAGACGAGGAAGGCAAAUGAAGUGGAAUCACUGUUCAACGUGGACACUCACACAGCCAAAGAGCUGCGGCAUUUAAAAUUUCUUUCCGUCUCGUUUAUGGCUCAGCAUCUCGCCUCCAACAGUUUUAUUGGAAAGGUUGCAGAUUGUAAUACCUCUGAAGAAGAGUCACUGCAGAUGCUUCAACAAAGUUUACUGGAGGAGAUUCUGUGCUACAUUAAUGUGGUCGCCCACAGUGUGGAGGAGAAUGCAGAUAAUCCAACGGCUAAAUUCUGGAGAGCUCUACUCAACCGGUCAUACGAUGUUCUGGAUAAAGUGAAUGCGUUGCUCCCCACUGAAACGUUCAUCCCAGUGAUACGAGGACUGAUGAGUAACCACUUGCCCUCUGUUAGACGUAAAGCCAUGGACCUUCUCAAUAAUAAGCUCCAGCAGCACAAAGCAACGUGGCAGGAAAAUCAGGUGAAGUUGCUUCUGAGCCUAAUCGAGCAGCUUCUGAAUAUUGUCUGCUGUAAGGAAAUAGAAGUGGAACAAGCCAUUAACCGCCAGACAGCCCUCUUCAGCCUGAAACUCUUGUGCAGGUGUUUUGGUGCAGGUCACCAGGAUUUCUUUGUUCCUGUGCUGGUGACUACCGUGGACCUUAUAGCAGUGGAUGGUGGAGAGGAGGAAAGGAAUCUGAUGGGCAAUGCUCUACUUUGUAUUGCUGAAGUUACCACUGCGCUCAAGGCACUGGCAAUACCUCAGCUUCCCAGGCUGAUGCCAGGACUUCUGAAGACUUUGAAAAAGCAAAAAUCUCUGCUGUCCAACGAGAUUUAUUUACUCAGUGCCGUUACAGCAUUGCAGAGGGUCACAGAAACACUGUCGCACUUCAUCAGCCCUUACCUACUGGACGUUCUAAUACAGAUCACCCAGUUGACCAACAUUGCUGCAAAGGGAAACCACUCAUCGCAGCUUGAUCUGCGUUUAACAUCACUUCGAACUACAUUGGCUACGAAGCUUGCUUCUCGGGUUCUGUUGCCAUCAAUUAGCAAGUGUUACGAUAAACUUGCUGACACCAAGGAGAGUUGCCUGGGGCCACUUCUCGACAUCCUAAAGGAACACAUUUGUCACAUGGAAAAGGAACAAUUGACUUCCCAUCAAUCUGAACUUACAUCAUUCUUCCUGAAAGCUCUGGAUUUCAGAGCUGGCCACUUGGAGAAUGACCUGGACAAAGUAGGUGAAAUUGAGGGUCACGUCAUCAAUUGUCUCGUUGGCAUGAUAAUGAAACUUUCGGAGGUUACUUUCAGACCCUUGUUCUUUAAGCUGUUCGACUGGAGCAAGUCUGAGGGGUUCCCUACAGAUCGAUUGAUUACAUUUUACCGCUUAGCAGAUAGCAUUGCGGACAAGCUGAAAGGUUUAUUCACCCUUUUUGCUGGGCAGCUAGUGAAGCCUUUCGCUGAAAUUCUGAACCAGACCAACACAGCCAAGACAGAUGAAAGUUUCUUUGACUCGGACAACAGCGCAACAAAAUCAUGCCUCUUACUUCAGUUUGUCACUGACUGCAUGCACAAAAUCUUUCUCUUUGACACUCAGCAGUUUGUCAGCAAGGAAAGAACUGAUACUCUCAUGAUGCCCUUGGUGGAUCAGCUGGAAAAUAUGCUUGGCGGUGAGGAGGAGUACAAGGAUAGAGUGACCAAACAUCUUAUCCCAUGUAUCGCUCAGUUUUCUGUUGCCAUUGGCGAUGAUUCCUUCUGGAAGCCACUGAAUUACCAAAUCUUGCUUAAAACAAGGCACAGCUCACCAAAGGUGAGGUUUUCUGCUCUCAUUAUGCUGUUGGAAUUGGCUGGUAAACUCAAGGAGAACUACAUGGUGUUAUUGCCUGAAACCAUCCCCUUCUUGGCAGAACUGCUGGAAGAUGAAUGCGAGGAAGUGGAGCACCACUGUCAGAAAGUGAUCCAACAGCUGGAAGUCAUUCUUGGAGAGCCACUGCAGAGCUAUUUCUGAAACCCAUGUUGUAGGAAGUUUUAUAAUUAGAUGAUGAAUAUUUUUUACGUGUAAAGUUUUGUAUUAAGAAUCACAUGAUUUACGCGGGUAUUUAACAGUACUGGCCCUACUCUAAAUGCUGAAGUUGCAGAAUUUUACCUUGCAAACCAACACUGAUGAUUUUUAUUGUCGAAAGGGAAGGCAGAUGCCUGUUCACACUGAAGAUAGACAUAAAGUGCUGGAGUAACUCAGCAGAUCUGGCAGCAUCUCUAGAAAAAGGAAUAGGUGUCUGAAGAAAGGUCUCGACUCGAAACGUCACCCAUUCCUUUUCUCCAGAGAUGCAGCCUGAUCCUCUGCGUUACUCUAGCAUUUUGUGUCCAUCUUCUGAUGAUUUUUCCCUGAUUUCAUUCAGAUUGGAUGUUGAAUAGGCAGUUCUGUAGCCUGUUGCAAUUAUGUUGAAUUUUCUAGCUCAUUGUUUUGAAUUGAAUGCUUUAUUGUCACAUGUGACAAGUCACAGUGAAAUGCUUUGCAUGCACACCCAAGUCAGCCAUAAAGUGCACUUACAAAGUAGCCCCGCACCAGGUCCUCCUCUCAUAGCAGUCCCCCCCCCAAGCCGGGUCCUCCUUUGUUCCUUCCCUCAGCGGCGGCGUCCUCACUUCCACAUGUCUAUUCUCACCCAACAGUAUUAAUAAAUGUUUAAAAACACGU